CAUUCCGCUCGCAAAUUUUCUGUGACUCCGAAGGCGGGACGCACCGCGAUCUGUGCUCGUUCUACAAAGCGCAGUGCCGGCUCGAGAAGCGCUCGAACGGCGAGGAGAAGCUCAAGAUUGUGAGCAUAGGCGCUUGCGCGCGGCGCGCCAACACGCUCGAGCAGCUCCUCAGAUCGAUAUUUGUCAACCAUUUG